GAAGGGGUUCCAAGGAUGCAACCUCACCCGUUUCCCUCCCCUGCUGCCUUAUGGACACAGCUUUCUUUGCUCUCUAUCCUGUCCUGUUGCUUGUAGGACAGUUUAAUUAUCCUUAAUGCCCUUUUAAUUGCCCUACCUGCCCUUUUUAGCUAUUUGCCCUUCCUGCCCUUUUCAUUGCGGGAGCCUGGGAUGAGGAAGGGAAGAGCCUGGCUCUGGUGGGAUCAUCUCUGGUCUCAUUCCUCCUUGUUCUUGAUACACUUUGCUCCCCAAACCACUCCUUGACUGAUUCUUGGCUGGGUGAGGAUAUAGCCCGUUGUUGGGUGUCAUGUGCUGGGUUCAUUAGCAGUGCUUCAUUAGGCGGGGCGAGGAGCUGAGAUGGGUCACGUCCCCCCCCUCCAACAAGGUGACUAAUCCCUCAGAGACCAGGGUUUCCACUGCUGGCCUGGGCGUGCUCCUUUUCUCUUGGCUGGGCGUUUAACACCUCCUUGCCCUCUCCUCCUCCAAGACGUGGCUGAUUAUGAGCAGGGAGAAGCUCAGUUAUGGGCUGGCAAAGCCAAGCCCAGUUCUGAGCUGGGAUUCAUCCUUGGGGAGCGGGUUAUUCAGGGAGCAAAGUCUCCCAGGUACCCCAAACCAUCUCCCAGCCGGAGCAAGAGGUUUUGGAGGAAGAAAAAGGUGUCCCCACUUCCUUGUCUGGCGUUUGAGUGUACAUUAAGGUUGCAGCAUCCCCCUUUGCCCGGGCCAGGAUGGUUGAAUCGAAGGCAUUGGAGGUUCCCCAAGUGACCAGCGACAGCCGCAAUGAGAGCUCCGGCCCUCUCCUGAUGCCUCUCCUGCUGAUAAAAAUGAUCAACAAGUCUCGAGGGAAGAUACUCGGGGUGCUGGCAUUGUUUCUGGUGAUGGUUUGGUACUCGAUCUACCGGGAAGACAGGUACAUACAGCUCUUUUAUUUCCCUGUGCAAGAAAACAAGACGACGUGUCCCCUCGGGGAGGUGGAGAGGAAAGCGGCGCAGCUCAUCGGGAACUACACCAGGGACCACCCGCUCUUCUUGCAGCUGAAGGACUACUUUUGGGUGAAGACUCCAUCGCUCUAUGAGCUGCCCUACGGCACUAAAGGAAGCGAAGACGUCCUCCUGCGCUUGCUGUCGAUCACCCACUACUCCCUGCCCAAGAGCAUCCAGAGACUGAAGUGCCGGAGGUGCGCGGUGGUGGGCAACGGCCACCGGCUCCGCAACAGCUCCAUGGGGGAGACCAUCAACACGUAUGAUGUUGUGAUCAGGUAUGGCCCUGCAUCCGUCCCACUGAUCCCUCCCCAGUGCUACCUGCAGAUGGGGUUGAUACCCGUGAUGUCCUCAUAUCCCCCCUCAAGGCUGAACAAUGCCCCGGUCCAUGGUUACGAGCAGGAUGUGGGCUCUAAGACGACCAUGCGCCUCUUCUACCCGGAGUCAGCCCACUUCAACCCCAGGACAGAGAACAACCCCGACACAUUGCUGGUGCUGGUGCCCUUCAAGCCCAUGGACUUCCAGUGGAUGGAGGCCAUCCUUAAUGACAAGAAGAGGGUGAGUGUGGUGGGGAACUGGGUCCAACCUUCCUCCCAGCCAACCCUUGGGGACCUACCUCUCUUACUGGGACACAUCUCUAUCUUCUUGCAGGUGCGGAAAGGGUUUUGGAAACAGCCUCCAUUGAUCUGGGACGCUAACCCGGAGCAAGUCCGCAUCCUCAACCCUUAUUACAUGGAAGUAACUGCUGCUAAACUGCUCAACCUCCCCAUGAAGCAGCCACGGAAGGUCAAGCAGAAGCCCACCACGGGGCUGUUGGCCAUCACUUUGGCGCUGCACUUCUGUGACCUGGUGCACAUCGCAGGCUUCGGCUAUCCCGAUUCGGCCAACAAGAAGCAGACCAUUCACUACUAUGAACAGAUCACACUCAAGUCCAUGGCAGCAUCAGAGCACAACGUCUCACACGAGGCGGUGGCCAUCAAGCGGAUGCUGGAGCUGGGUCUCAUCAAGAACCUCACCUACUUCUGAGGGCACCGGGGGCUGCGCAGGGACCACAUCCCCCAUUUGAAGGGGGACACCAACGCCAGCACAGCCGGAGCCGGGCGAGGGCAGAGCAUCACCACCGCACCCUGCCCUGGUGGCACUCCUGUUGCUGGGGAGCCUGCGCUGGACUGCGGGUGCCCCGGCCUGGGGGGCGCAGGGAGCCCCCACAUCGCACCCGGAGCCUUUUCCUACCGAUGCACUGAUGCUACCGAGGACCUGAAGGGGGUUUUGGGGUGGGGUUUGCCCUCCCAGCAGGCCUGGGGGGUAAAGGGGGGGGCAGGAGCCAUUCCUCUGGGCUCUUACUCUUAAUUCCCUCCUAUUCGGACGAGGGUCCCACUGAGGGGCUGAUAUGGGGGUCCUGGGGUCCCCCCAGGGAGCAGGAGCCUUCAGGGGGUCCAUGUCACCUCCUCCCUACCUGGGUCCCCCCCAGAUAUUUAAUUCCCCCUCUUUUUAUUUCCUUUCUCCUCAGCGGCCCCAUCCUGUGCCUUAGCGCUGGCGCGGGGGCUCAUCCCCGCAGCCCCCCGGGGAGGGGGGGCACCCCGAGGUGCUUGGGGUCUGCAGGGGCCUUUUGGGUGGGGGGGGCGUUUUAAUUUAAUUAAUUUAAAUGCUUAUUUAUCGUGGA